UAGAAACAAAUGCAAAAUCAUGGGAAAGAUAAUAUUCUAUGAGGACAGAAACUUCCAUGGUCGUAACUAUGAGACUAGCGGUGAUUGUCCUGAAGUGACCUCAUACCUGAGCCGCUGCUGCUCAUGUAGGGUGGAAAGUGGCUGCUUUAUGGUCUAUGAGCGCACCAACUUUAUGGGUCACCAAAUGCUGGUAAGAAGAGGACACUAUCCGGAUAACCAACGGAUCAUGGGAGCAAGCAUCAGUGACUGCAUCAGAUCUUGCAGAAUGAUCCCUAUGCAUAAAGGAGCGUUCAGAAUGAGAAUCUUCGAAGGAGAGAACUUUGUCGGACAAAAGUAUGAGUUGAUGGAUGACUGUGAGUCAAUCCAGGAACGUUUUCACAUGGCUGAUUGCCAGUCCUGCAAUGUCACACAUGGCCACUGGCUGCUGUAUGAAAAACCCAAUUUUGAAGGCAGAAUGAUAUACAUCAGGCCAGGGGAGUACAGCAGCUUUAAUAAUAUUGGUCUAGGCCCAGUGAAAAUUCAUUCCAUCAGACGCAUCAUGGAAUCCUGUUAGAAGAAAUUACACUUGCUAAGAAAGACAACACAUGAGUUCCAUAUAGUUUCCCAAGAAGAAAUGUUGUGACAUUUAAUUUGAAAAUGUGCCAAGGAUCUACAGUAUAAUGUCAGAGAUCACUUACUCCACCAGUUUUUUAUUUUUUUUAUUUGUGGAAGCUGUACUACCAAAUGUUGAUUAACAUGCAUCUGAUCAUCAUGUUACAUUCAUUACAGUAACAUCUCAUUUUGUUGAUCAUCAAAU